GGCGGCGGCGCCUGGACGGGACGGGCGUUGCAGCAACAGCAGCAGCCGGGAGCCGGAGCCACGUGCGCCCACAGCUUCCCUUUGCCGGAGAGCCUCCGAGGACCAUGACGGCCAGCAAGGGCGCUUCCAACGGGGACAUCGGGCCGGAGGCGAGGGGGGCGACGGUGGCGAUGGCCGGGGGGUCCAGCCGGCUCUCCCGCCUGCGGGGCUUCCUGCGGUCCAACCUGCUGGUGCUUCUGACGGUGUCGGGCGUGGUGGCCGGCGUGGCGCUGGGGCUGGCGGUGCGGCGUCCGGGCGGGCUGAGCGAGGCCGAGGUGCAGCUCUACUCCUUCCCGGGGGAGCUGCUGCUGCGGCUGCUGAAGAUGAUCAUUCUGCCGCUGGUGGUCUGCAGCCUGGUAGCCGGCGCCGCCAGCCUCGACCCGGCCGUGCUGGGCAAGCUGGGCGGCUGGGCCAUGCUCUUCUUCCUCCUGACCACCCUGAUGGCUUCCUCCCUGGGCGUCGGGCUGGCCUUCGCCAUCCAGCCCGGCGCCGGCGCCGCCGACCCUAAACUGGACAAGUACGGCGGCACGGACGGGCUGCCCCCGCGGAAGGAGGUGGUCGACUCCUUCCUCGACCUGAUCAGGAACAUCUUCCCUUCCAACCGUACGCUUCUCAUCACGGCGACAGCGUCCAGCGUGGGGGCCGCUGGGAUUCCCGCGGGGGGCGUCCUCACCCUGGCCAUCAUCCUGGAGGCCAUCAGCUUGCCCACCAAGGACAUCUCGCUCAUCCUGGCCGUGGAUUGGCUUGUAGACCGGACCUGCACCGUCCUGAACGUGGAGGGCGAUGCCUUCGGCGCGGGACUUCUACAGGUCUACUCGGAGAAGAAAUUGGGCCAUACGGUGAACGACGACCUGCUGGAGGUGAAGACGGAGGCCGUGGAGGCCAGCAAGGCAGAGGAGAUCGAGGAGGGGUCCCCGCUGAUUAAGCAGAACGGUCCAACCCAUUUGGGGGAUAACAAACCUUGCGAAAAAGAAUCCGUGAUGUGAUUGAACUCAUCAAAAUCCAGACGAUUUAGGGGGAGAUAUUCUUGUUAUCCAAAAAGAAAAAGAACUUUAAAACUUUACUCCAAAAAAGGAACA